AUGCAUAGAGGAGGGUCACAAUAUCACGAGGUAAUAAUGCACUUCAUGCAGCAACCGUCAGCCUUCUCUCAUAACCAAUCUCUUAUGCAGAAACUGGGCCCUGUGAUGGUAUUAGUCCUCGGAUGUAGAAAUUCUUCGGAAUUUAGCAGCCCCCAACUCCUUCUAUUCUGCUGCAGCACAGACUUGCCACAUUCGUGGGUGUUAGAAUGUAUAGCAUACAAGCGACAAGCAGUAACUGAAAGGCAGAGAGAGAGAGAGAGAGAGAGAGAGAAAGAAAGAAGAGAGGCAGACCACACUGAAGGACAAAACCAGGAGUUUAGGAGAGGCAACCUUCACUCGAAUGGAUGCUGCAGCACAGCACACCUUGAUACAGAUGAGCUGCGCUGUACAGGACUGCAAGAAGCUACCUUCUCCCCUCCAGAGAAAAGGAUUACGAGCUCCUCCCUCCAAGACAGGGAUCUGCAAGUGUUGGUGGACACACUGGUGGAGAGCAUGGUAAUCCUUCUUCCUGCUAAUCACCAAAACAAACCACUUCAGCAGAUGGAAUCACCAGAUCAGAAGUUGCUCUGUGGAUCAAUGGUGUGUCAUGUAACUAAAUGGAAACCAGCAAAUGUCACAAGAGGAUCAAUGAUGUUCUCUGCUCUGCAAAAGAGGUAGUGAAAUGAAUUCAUGGGGCAUGACACUGCUGUCUUCCAUCAAAAAUGCAACUUUCUCAUCACUGCAACUCCACCAGUACCUUUAAUGAAGCUUGCCCGCCAGCCAACCCAGACUGCUAAUCCCCAUGCUGAGACUGUAUAGGCAAAAGCCUGGCCUCCUGGGAUAUUAGCUUAUCGUCUAAGGCCACUGAAAGUCAGCAAUACAGAAAGGCGACAGAGGGGUUGGUGACAUGGCGCACUGAGAACAACUUCUCUCUCAACAAGAACUGAUCAUUGACUUCAGAAAGAAAGGAGGAGGAAAUGACUCCACCUACCUCGCUGGAGCUGAGGUUGAACGGGUGGAGAUUCAAGUUCCUAGUAAUGACGAUAACUGACAACCUGUCUUGGACUUCCUAUGCAGAUACAACAGUCAAGAAGGCAUGAAAUGCCUCUUCUUUCUCAGGCAGCUCAGGAAACUUGUUAUGUCCAUAAGGACCCUCACCAACUUUUACAGAUGCACAUUGAAAGCCUAUUGCCUGGAUACAUAACAGCCUUGGAUGGCAAUUGUUCUUCCCAGGACUGUAAGAAACUACAGAAGGUUGUGUGCACAGCCCAGACCAUCACAGAAGCUAAUCUCCAUCCAUGGACUCCGUUUACACGGCUCGCUGUCACAGAAAGGCUGCCAGCAUCAACGAAGACCCAUCACAUCCUGGGUAAUGCUCUCCUACAACCUCUUCCAUCAGGCAGAAGAAACAGAAGCAGGAAUACACACA